AUGAGUAAAACUUUUUUCUUGCUUGCCUUGUUGCUCCUUGGAGUGGUGCUUUUCACCACUCCCACUUCGGCCGAUCAAAAACCACCCGGUGGUCACAAACCACCCGAUGGUCACAAACCACCCGGCGGUCACAGACCGCCUGGUCACAAACCACCUUCCACGGAGGAGGAAUCUGCAGAAACCUUGGAUGUUAAGCCACCCACAUACAAGCCACCACCAACACACAAGCCACCUCCUCCGAAGCACAAGCCGCCAACUCCCUUUGAUGAAGCAUCUAAGGAAGUGGAGUCAAUCCCUGAACACGAGCCAAUCCACAAGCCUCCUCCUAAGGGCAAGGGUGAGAAGCCACCACCUGGCCACUACCCUCCUGUCGAGAAUAUUGAGGACUCACACGAGCCACCUGUCCAUAAAUCCCCUCCAAAGAAGCCACCACACAAGCCUCCAACUUCCAACUGA